UAGUUGCAUCUCUAGGAGACGAGACUCGCAGUCUUUUUCAGGCAAAACAUUUAUUUAUUGAAAAUAACAAUGGGUCUGGUAGAAAAUGUUAGAUCAUGGUUCACAUCUGACACAUCGAGGAACAAAAACUCUGCCCUGGCGGCAGGUUUAUUGUUCUUCACUGGGUGGUGGAUAAUAAUCGAUGCCAUGUCUGGAGAUGGCCAGCAUCAAAUAACGACAGGACAUGUAUUUAUUGGCGUUUUUGGCACCAUUAGCUUCUUCAUGGUGAAUACCGUUAAAGGCGAAUAUAUUUCCGAAGAUAACACAUCGGAGUCGGGAGCGAGGCUCGCCAAAUUGUGGUUACUCAUUGGCUUUGUGAUUGGAUUUGCGUCCAUCAUUGCCGCCAUUUGGGUAAUGAUUGAUAAUUUCAUAAACAACGACAAAAAGGAUUCUAGUCUGGGCGUGGCGCUACUCUUGCAGAACGUGUUCAUUUUGUUUGGCAGCCUGGUGUACAAAUUUGGUCGCAACGAGGAAGAUUGGAAUGAGUGAAGUGUAUUCCCAGUGCAACUUGCGACUGCUGUGCUGAUUUUAGAAAUUAUAUACACACAAAAAUUGUAUUCAUAGACACGACAAGAACACAGAAAUGAUUCCGAGAUCGCAAUAUAUACAAACAAACACACACAAAUCAAAUAAUCUCAUAUAGAAUAUUAAAGGACGAGUCAACUCGCAAUUUGAUUGUUCAA